UCAACAUGUCCCACAACGAGCACGUGGUCGACCAAGACCCACACGCAUCUUUUGUCCACGAUGCUAUAAGGUUGUUUGCUGCCGUCAAGAGCGGCAAUGUCACCAUCACGGCGCCAGAUGGCUUUGGCAAUGGCACAUCGUUCGAGGAUGGAGGUAGACCAAUCUCGUUUGCAAAUUUCUUGGAUCAACAGAGUCAUACACGACGUUGCGGUAGCGUCCUUGACUCUGUAUGCGUGGGAAUUCUUCUGUACCAUUCCGCAAGAAUGGUCUCUCUAUCGGCAUCGUAAGCUCCUGUCUCCUCAAGUUAUUCUCUUCGCCGCUGUGAGGUAUCUCGCCAUACCUGCACUGGUCUUGCCGGCAUACAGCGCUUUCAACGACUUCUCAAACGAUCCAAAAGGCUGUCUGCUGCAUCAGCAAUUGACCAUCGUGCCUGUACAAGCGGCCGUUGCUGCCAUCUUCAGCUGGCGGACCUGCGCAAUUUGGGGCUGGGCGCCCAAAAUCAAGUGGGGACUGCUGGCUCUAUUCUUGGCUCAGAUCGGCUCGAGCUUCGCUCUGCUCUGGUACAGCGGACAGAAGCUUUUGCCGACCGGUGCAUGCAUGCCCGUAGCCAAGCCCGGCAUUCCAAACACGCUGGCUUGGUUCUAUGUGACCGCCUUGAUCUUCGACGGCAUCACUGUUGGGCUGUCACUUUGGAAGCUCCUUGAGCUCAGCCAGAGUGGUGGCCCCGAGGAGCACACAGUACGCGCACGCGAUCUUUGUAGUCCCUGGAUUCUGGCAAAGAAGCUACGCAGCCAAUGGGCGACCAUGACACCAUUGCUUGGACGCCUGAUCACUAGCGGACUGAUCUACCUAUUCGUCGCAUCCGCUUUCAAUCUCAUCAACUUUGCCUUAGAGAUUUCCAACUGGAUUCACGCCAAGGUCAGUCAUCGUUCGCAGUCUCGUUCUUGACACGUGCGGAACUUACACCUCUACGAUUUGUGUAGGCUCUCAUCCCGCUGUAUGCUCCACUCAUGGCCAUAUUAGGUCAGCGAACCGUGCUCGU